UUGCACAAAGAAAGAAGAAAUAUUAGAAACAUUCAAAUUUCACCCAAUUUGAAAAGCUACGAUGCUUUCCACACAUCAGCUUCAAUUUGCGGAACCAACAAAGUGGCGAACGCGAUGAGAAAAGUGAUGGGAAAACACAAUGCGAAGAAGAAGUUUUAUUACAAUGAAACUAUUCCGCAUUCGGCGAAAGUGGCGUCGGAAAUAUCCACUCAACGUGCCGUUAUCGAUUCGAGAAGAGCUGUGGUUUUGAACAAGCUAUUUAUGCGAAACAUCACCGAUUUGAUGUCUACGGGCGAAAACGCGCAUCUACUACUAGGAUUAGGAGUCGAGGUAGUUAAAGUCCAAAUCACGUUGGACUAUAAAGUGUUGAAAGUAUAUUGGUCGACGCAGAACAGGGAUUUGUACAAGGUGGAGGAGAUAUUAAAGAGAGUAGCGGGGCCUUUGAGGCACGAACUGUCGACUUUGAGGCUAAUGGGACAGGUGCCUCCUAUUCAAUUUCUUCGAGACAAAUCCGCAUGUGUUUUACUCGAAUUGGAUAGAAGACUGGCUGUGGCCGAUUACGGGGAAGAAGGGCCUAGUAACAUCGAUCCUGCGUCCGUUUUUAUAUCGGAACUCCAACUCACGCUACCUAUAGAUAAUACAACAAAAGAAAAAAUCAAAGAUUUAGAAAGACAACAUCCGAUAGAAGAAGAUCUAUCACAAGUUACCGAUUUGCCUCUGAUGACUAACUGUGUGUUUGGUUUAGAUCAUACAUCGAUAAUGAACAGAAUUAAACAGGCUUCAAGGAGCAGGAUUAACUCGAAUACAGAAAAUUGGGCUCGUUACAAACUUAAGCAGUAUUCCAAUUCAGUUUCGUUGGAUGUUGAUGAUGAAAAAUCCCAGAGAGAGGUGUUUAAUAAGUUCUUACAGCAAAGGCAAAUACUAAAGAAACGCCAAAAGGAAUAUAAAAGAAGCAUUGCUGUUCCUUUAGAGGAUUAUGAACUACAAAACGAACAUGGCUACGAAUAUCCCGAUGGGGAUUUCAUCGAAGAAGACGAGGAUAAUUUGAAGUAG